GAAUUUCAGAAUUUCAGAAAAACUCAUAAAAAUUCGGAAUUUCGGAAUUUCAGGAACUUAGAAACUCAGGGUUCUGAAAAGUCAGAAUUUCAGAUUUCAGGUUUCAGAUUUCAGAUUUUAUAUUUCAGAUUUCAGAUUUCAGAUUUCAGAUUUCAGAUUUCAGAUUUCAGAUUUCAGAUUUCAGAUUUCAGAUUUCAGAUUUCAGAUUUCAGAUUUCAGAUUUCAGAUUUCAGAUUUCAGAUUUCAGAUCAGAUUUCAGAUUUCGGAGAGGAGAAUGUCGAAGCAUCCUUUUAUCUUUCUCUGAAAAUAUUUUCAGAAUUUCAGAUUUCAGGAUUUCAGAAUUUCAGAAAAACUCAUAAAAAUUCGGAAUUUCGGAAUUUCAGGAACUUAGAAACUCAGGGUUCUGAAAAGUUUCAGAUUUCAGAUUUUAUAUUUCAGAUUUCAGAUUUCAGAUUUCAGAUUUCAGAUUUCAGAUUUCAGAUUUCAGAUUUCAGAUUUCAGAUUUCAGAUUUCAGAUUUCAGAUUUCAGAUUUCAGAUUUCAGAUUUCAGAUUUCAGAUUUCAGAUUUCAGAUUUCAGAUUUCAGAUUUCAGAUCAGAUUUCAGAUUUCGGAGAGGAGAAUGUCGAAGCAUCCUUUUAUCUUUCUCUGAAAAU